AUGUUUGCGCCCAAGGGAGGGCAUGGGGCGGGAGAGGACAAGGAGGAGGUGGCGAAACUGUUGCGGAAGCGCUACGGUCCGUUCGUAAAAGAUGCGGAUGAGAUGGAUCGGCUCCUCCAACUCCUGACCGACGCGGGCCUAUUCACGAUGGUGGACGUGGCCACGCGGCUCCGCAAGAGUCAGCUCUACACGCUGUCCCCGCCCGUGCCCAUGGCCGUGCUCACCCUCCUCCACGAGUGCUACGGCCAACAGGUCAUGCGCUCCCCCAUAUACGGGGAGGUGGCGGGCAAGUUCACGGAUGAGCCGCUGCCGGUGUGGACCGCCUCCAAGCGACUGCUCGCCGACGUCUUCUUUUUCUUUGAGUACAUGUUCGAGGACGGCGACGGAGACCACACAAUGUGGCCCCACCUCACACGAAUGAAUAGGGCCAGCUUCAAGCACAGCAACAACCCGCGGCUGCCCGCCAAGGACAAGAAGGACUACUACGGACGCAUCGCCAUCCGGGACAGCAACAACAUCGUCCGAGUGGAGAUUCUCAAGACGGCGAAGAUGGACAAGGCUGUCGGAGGCACCACCGACGAGAUGAUCCGGAAGACGUCGUCCCACCUCACCCAGUCCCAGGCGCACUUCGUCAAGCGCAACAUCUUCGAGGAAGAGAUCAAAGAGCUCCGGAGACAGUACGAGCUGGGGGUGCUGGACUCGCAGGGCUUCGAGCCGGUCGAGGGGCACCAGCGCUCACCACCGCAGCCGGCCAGCAGCGACGAGGACCAGCGACGCGAAAGCGAAAGCGAAGACGAACGCGAACGAGAGAGCGAAGACGAACGCCAACGCGAAAGCGAAAGCGAUGACAAUAAUGAAAGCCUGCACCGCGCGCGGUCGGUGGCGCUUGGCGGCCGGCGCCAACGUAGCCUCUCCGCCUCGGCCACCGAAGAAGUCGGCGAGAAGGAAAGCGAAAGCGAGAACGAAAACGACAACGACAACCAUAAAGAGAAGGAAAGCGAAAACGAAAGCGAGAGCGAGAAGCGAUCAGUCACGCUGGCAACGGCGGUGGAGGCGACCGAGAAGCGAAGGAAGCUAAAGAAGGCCGUGCGGACGCUGCCCGCGCGGAGGCCGCCCACAACGCGGGCCGGCAUCGGAUCGACGCUCGCCGGCGACCACAACUACGAGGCCCGCAUGCAGCGACGCAAGACCCGCUCCAAGUCGCUCGACAUGACAUCGUCUUCUUCAUCAUCAUCUUCUUCAUCUUCUUCUUCAUCAUCGUCAUCGUCGUCAACUUCAUCGUCUUCUCCAUCGUCGUCGUCGUCGUCAUGGACGCUGAUGGCGGCGGUGGACCACAUGCUGGCGCAUCACGACCGCCACGCCAGCGGCGACGGGAACGGCAACGAGGCGGGCUCGUCGGUGGUGGCGACGAUGAUGAAGAAGAACCGGCGGAAGAAGGAGAAGCUCGAGAAGACCCAGAAGCGGGCCCGCUCGUUCUCCAUGAUCGGCGUCCAGGCCGACUCUCUGCCCCUACAGCCCGAGCUCGACGAUGGCGAGCUGGUGGUGCGGUUCUUCGGGAUGAAGGACAACGAUAUGAUUCUCAAGGUGGCCGCCAAUCUCAGCAGAGCGGAGAUGGAGGUGGGACCGUGGGAGGCGGCGUACUUCAAGCGGGGCAGUAGCCUGCUGGGCAUCGCCAAGGGCUUCGUGCCCCAGAACAUGAUCGGCGGCAUGAAGGUGCACGGCGGCUUCUGGCAGAUGUACAAGGCCAUCAGCAAGGGGUGCUGGAAGCAGCACGGCUGCGACCUGGUGGAGCGCAUCGUGCAGCGACUCGGCGAGGCCGCUAUGGCCGGCGACAGCAACAAGCGAAUCGUCUUUACUGGUCACAGCAUGGGAGCGGCGCUGGCGGCGAUGGCGGCGUUUCAGCUGAUCCACCGAUAUCCGCAGCUGCGGCGACGGCUCUUCCUGAUUCAGUUCGGGGCACCGCGCUACGCGCGCAAGACCUUCGCCCGCUGGCUCAACCAACAGCUCAACGGCCGCAUCCUCCAGAUCCACCUCGAGGGCGACCAGACCCCCAAAUCGCCGCCAUCGCCACCCUUCUUUGGGUGGUAUGCGCCGGGGCCGGUGGUGGAGAUCACGAGCAAGCAACUCUACGCGAAGAGCGGCGGCCGCGACGAGUUCGGCCACGAGGCCCACUUCCAGUACUGGACCGUACUGCGCACCAUCCUCGCCUACUCCUGA